AUGUUGCGUUCACGGAGAACAAAAUUAACAGUGAUUAUUUGCUUACUAGUGACGCUUGGUCUUGCUCUUACCAACUUUGAUAGUUUAAUUGUUGUAAACACCAUAGGAUACAUUAAUACAUGUAAGACGGAUGUCGUAAGGACCAAUGCACUGAUAACUAAUGAAAAAUUUCAAGUUGCGGUGGCUUCCUAUGCCGAUACAGAAGCUCUCUUACAGAAGAGAAACGAAAGUGGUGUCCCAAGUGGAGUCUUGGUGGGGCAACUUCCUCAAGAUCCCGGUUGGGUAUUUGAUUCCGAGUUUGAUGUCGAUCCUUAUCCGUGGAGGAGCUCGUGUUCAAUAUAUGCGUCUGGAGAGGUUCAAGUAAACAUGAAUACAUCAGUAUUGUUUGACACGACCUAUCAGAAUAGUAACUUGCAGCAAAUGUUACCAGAGGUGAAUUCUAAGUACGGAUUUGAAAAUAGUACGGAUGGAUAUAAUUAUACAAAAAAAAGUUUCAAGUCAUAUGCGCAUUUCGUCAGCAACAGUGACAAAACCGGCUACAUGGCAACAGGAUGCUUAAUAUUAAUCAUAGAGGAGUUUACGAAAGGCAAUGUUAGCCUAGUUGGAUCCAGCGUUAUAAACAGAUUGUGGACACUUAGAGUGCCUCAGAACAACAGAAUCCCUUAUAAUCUAAACAAUCAAUCUAAAUUCGAAAUUGUGUCGUUGCCUACUGUCGUCAAAGCAUACUCGUGUGAGAUAACGCGCGUUAGUGAAGGUAGUCGGGGCGGUGUAAACGUGUUGGGUGAUAUCUCUGUUGCCAUAAGCACGGCGGGUGAUCUCAUUGGAAGAAAGUUCUUGGACGCACAAAUAAAAGGUACCAAUGACACAAUUAUGGAGUAUUCGCCAGAGUAUUGGGCAUCGUAUAUAGAAGUAAGAGAUACGAUGACUGCAAAUAUUUCAGAAGUAACGGCACGAAUAAGUCAACCAUGUUUCUCCGUUAGUAUUAUAUAUAUAAUAUUAAUAUGCGCAUAUAUAAUACUUAUUAUUGUGGGCUUCUUUUUCUGGAUAAGGUUUCAGAGAGAUAAGGUUGCAAUUCCGGGGAGCGUUGUUAGUUGGGCGGUGCUUGCUUGUAAAGAGCCCAACUUAAUCAAAGAAGGCGAUGAAUCAGAUGGCGAAAUCAUCAAAGGUGCUGAAUUCAGGGGCUACCCUAAAAACGUUGAAUACCUUCAGUUUAGCGGAUGA